AUUACUUUUUUAGUAAGAGGUCAGCAAUAUGUUCGUGGAGACACGAGAGGACCAACAUUUAGGCAGAAAAUACCACAUCAAUUGAUUUUUUCCAAUAACACUGGUGCAGAUAUAAAGUGCUCAGCAGAAGGUAUUCCGAAACCCAAAAUAAUAUGGAGAACCAAAGAAGGAAUCGAUGUCACUGAAGUCAAUGGAUUAAGAUAUGUUAGAUCGGAUGGCUCACUAGUUUUUCCACCUUUUUCUUCAACCCAAUACAGACAAGAUGUACACGGAUCACUAUACUAUUGUGUGGCUUCUAAUACAGUUGGUUCCAUAAGAAGUACUGAAGUACAAGUGAGGGGUGUGGUCCAUCAGCGUUAUAAUCCCAACGUAUACGAUCAAUUUAUAAUUCGUGGAAACACUGCUGUUCUUCGUUGUCAUUUGCCAUCUUUUGUACGAGAAUAUGUCAGCGUAGAUUCAUGGCUUCGUGAUGAUGGUGUCACAUAUACUUACUCUGAAGAGAAAGAAAAUAAAUACAUGGUACUGUUAUCCGGAGAAUUAUUACUACAUGAAACAGUCGAAUCCUAUGGAACGUCAAGUUUCCAUUGCAAGACACGUCAUCAUUUGACAGGCGAAUAUUCGGUUAGCACUACUUCCGGGAAAAUUGUCGUGACAGAACCACAUACUUCCACAUUACCCAGAGUGACGUUUAACUUAUCUCAACUUCGAGUAACUCAAGGAGAAACAGCGCAGCUUCCAUGUGUAGCACAAAGCUAUCCUGCACCAACCUAUAAAUGGAUGAAAGAAGUCAGAUCCACCUUAAGUCAAAUAGUAGAAGGGAAACGUAUUUGGAUAUCUCAUGGAGUCUUGACAAUUAAAAAAACAAAAAUGGAAGACAGCGGAAAAUUCGUUUGUAUUGUCAAAAAUAGCGCCGGUGAAAACAGAGCUGAAACUAAUCUCAUUGUCUCUGCUCCUCUAACGGCAUACAUUUAUCCUUCGAUGCUCGUUAUCGAUAUCGGCAGACAAGCCACAUUUAACUGCACAGUAACAGGUUAUCCCAUCCAUACGGUAGUUUGGAAAAAGGACGAGAAACUUCUAUCCCCUAGUUCUAGGAUAAAAUUUCCAACUAAAAACAUAUUACAUAUAGAAGCAGUGAGUAGAGAUGACAAAGGAAUGUAUCAAUGUUUUGUUUAUAGUGAUCAAGAUUCCGCUCAAGCAACGGCAGAACUUAGUAUUGGAGAUGUAGCACCGUAUUUAUUCUCGACCUUCAGUGAAAAAGUAUCAAAACCAACAGAACACGUUACCUUAAAAUGUUCUGCUUCGGGUAACCCAUUGCCAACGGUAAGAUGGAUUGUGGAUGGAGUACCAGUCAGUCCAUCUUCCAGAAUAUCAGUGGGAGAUUAUGUUAUACCUCAGGGUCAAGUGGUCAGCUAUAUCAACAUCAGCGACGUUAGAGUAGAAGAUGGAGGUGAAUACCAAUGUGAAGCAUCAAAUGACGUAGGAAGUAUAGGACAUAAGGCAAGACUUAACGUACACGGACCACCAUUUGUCAGGCCAUUGAGAAACCAUUCUGUUGUAUCUGGGGAAGACCUAAUCCUCAGAUGUCCUUACGGAGGUUAUCCUAUAGAAAGCAUUACGUGGGAAAGAGGUGGAAUAGUUUUGCCUUUAAAUCGGAGACAAAAUAUUGAUAGUAAAGGAACUUUCAUUCUUCGAAACGUGCAAAGAGCUCCUGAUGAAGGAGAAUACACUUGUGUUGUUAGAAAUGCUGUUGGACAAUCAGCAAGUGGGACGACUUAUAUAUCAGUUGUUGUGUCUCCUGUGAUAGAUGCUCAUUAUUUUCCCGAGAACGUGUCAGCAGAUGAAGGAUCAAGAGCUAAACUAAUAUGUAGCACUACGACAGGAGAUCCUCCAAUAAAAUAUCAGUGGCUACACGAUGGAACUGUAGUUACAUCAAAAGAUGAUGUUUCAGUAGAAACACUCGAAGAUUCUUCUAUCAUUAUAUUUCGUCGAGUUACCUCCAAACAUAGAGGUUAUUAUACUUGUUUGGCUUCAAAUUCUGCAGCAUCUUCAAAUAGGACAACUCAAUUUAUUGUAAAUGUUCCACCCAAGUGGAUAAUUGAACCAAAAAAUACUUCGGAUGUUCUAGGAAAUACGGUUCUUAUAGAUUGCUCUGCAACAGGAUUUCCAAUUCCUGCUAUUACGUGGAGAAAAGCAAGAGGUAAUAUCCCGAGUGACUUUACCUUGAGGGACUUGAAAAUGGUAUCUCUUGGCACUGUACUUAAUGCCUUAGUUGACUGUCUGUCGUAUGUUCCACCCAGAUUUGACAUUAAUUAUCGUAGCCACACUGUUAGAACGGCUAGUGAUGCAGUUUUGAAAUGUACUGUCAAAGGAGAACCUCCUCUGUCAAUGGAAUGGCAAAAAAACAAAGAAACUUUGAAAAUAGAAAAAGGAAACAGAUAUUUGAUUAAACAAGAAACCGAUAAAGAGAAAACUACUUCUGAACUUACCAUCAAAUCAACCUCCAGGCAAGAUACAGGAUUAUACACUUGUAUAGCUAAGAAUAAAUUUGGUGUUGACGAUACGAAUAUUCAAUUAGUUAUUCAAGAUGUACCAGAUGCACCAUUGAAUUUAUCUGUCACGAACAUAACUAGUCGCACUAUUUCCUUACAAUGGGAAAUACCUUUCAAUGGGAAUAGUCCAAUAACGGGUAAUUUGGUGCAGUUUAAGACAGUAUCAGAAAAUUGGGAGAAUCCGACAGUACAAACGAUCGUGACUGGAUCCGAAACGAGUGCUCUACUUCGGUCAUUGACGCCUGUUACAUCUUACACGAUUCGAGUCAUUACUGAAAAUGUUUUAGGUCGAAGUGAUCCAAGCGAUAUGAUUAAUGUGACGACAGAAGAAGAGGCUCCUGCUGGCCCACCAAUUGGAAUUUUAGUUCAUUCUACAGGAGCUCAAUCAUUAAAAGUGACUUGGAAGCCUCCGAAAGAGGAAUCUCGACAUGGAAAGAUAAAAGGUUACUAUGUAGGUUACAAAAUAAUCGACAGUUCAGAUUCUCAUCAGUACAAACACGUCGAAAUGUCAGAAGAUGCUGAACAACAAUCAACUUACUUGACAAAUCUUCGUCCCUUCACUAAAUACGCUGUCGUUGUUCAAGCUUAUAAUAAGAUUGGCCCUGGACCUAGAUCUGAUGAAGUCGUGGGCAUGACACUAGAAACGGCACCUCCAACAUCACCACUUCUAACUGCAAUGUCAUCGACAACAAAUUCAGUAGAAGUUCAAUGGGAAAAGGAUUCUAAAGAUAAGUCGACUAUUACAGAGUAUAUCCUUCACUAUAAGACUGAUGAGGGAGAAUGGAAAAAGAAAAGUCUAAGCUCCGCUCUAGAUCGUUAUACUUUAGAAGGACUUCGUUGUGGUACCAAUUACCAUCUUUACAUGACAGCGACCAAUAGUGUAGGAACUGGAGAACCGAGCACUCCCGUGACCGUUAAAACAAAAGGAUUUCCACCAAUGCCCUCUCAGCGAGAUGCAUUUCUCACCAUCAAUUCGACAUUUGUCACACUUCACCUCAAUACGUGGCAAAGUGGAGGUUGUCCUAUCCAUCAUUUUACCGUACAGUACCGGCCAAAAUAUCAAAGAAAAUGGAUGUCGCUACCAGAUAAAAUUUUGGCGCAUCAUGGAAAUGUAACAACUAUCAGGCAAUUAUUACCCGAACGUGAAUACAACAUAAUGGUUACUGCAUACACUGAUGCUGGUGUUACUCAAAACGACUACGAAUUUAGAACUAAGCCUUUACCUAAACUUGUAUUUGCAACUGCAGCCACAAGUUCAGUGAAAAGAGAAACUGACAUACCUAUACAUAAAAACAUCACACUACUAAUUCCUGUUAUCGUAUCAAUAACAGUUGUUUUCAUUGUUAUAAUAAUCGUUGCUGUUUGUUUGAGAAGAUAUCUUCACGAUGGAGUAAAUCAUUCCAGUAAUGGUUAUCAUUCGCGUAAAUCAUAUGACGAAAAUCUAAUGAUGGCAGAAGUUAGCCAAAAAAUGACAAGUCAACAGUCAAUGAAAGAAAGAGGAAUGUAUUGCGCUUCACCCACACACGGACAAGGACCAAAUGUUAUAUCCGAACAAUCAGACAUGACAACAGAUAACCAUCAGUAUGCUGAACCGUAUACGUCAGUUCCUCCACCACGUAGAGUUACAAUCGAAGGUGAUUUCAGAUCGUCGAUGUCUCAAAGACCUUCCAUGGAUGGUACUUUUGCUACAAUAAAACGAAAUCCUUCUAGACCAGCAUCCCGUGCCUCUGUAUCUGUACAAGGGCUUGAUUAUCACGUCAGCCAUCAGAUGAUGAUACAUUCCGAGAAGAGCGAAUACAGCAGUAAUUCAAGUCAGUCAGAAGGCAGUGCAGACAAGUCAAGCAGCCAAUCAAGCGGAAGUAAAAGACAUUUAAGAUGUCAAUGAAUUUAUUAAAAUUCUCUAAAGAGAUGUUUUCUUUUGUACGACGACAAAUAUGGAUUCCAAGUGUAAUUUUAAAUUGUCUCUCACGUGUUUUUUUAUUAGAAAUGCGUGGAUGUGUACAGAGU